CCGAGCGGGGGGCUGAGGGGGAUGCCGCUGGGGCCCGGCCCCGCCGCCGCACCCCGAGAAGGGCUGACCUUCCACCUGGCCGCCGCGCCUCCGGGGAGCCGGGACCUCGGCCGGUGCUCGUGAGCCCCGGCAGCGGAGCAUGGACAUGGGAAACCAGCACCCGGCCAUCAGCAGGCUGCAGGAGAUCCAGAGGGAGGUGAAGGGCUUGGAGCAGCAGGUGCUCGGCUUCAGCGGGCUGGCGGACGACAAGGCCUACCGCCGGCUGGAGCGGACGCUGACCCGGCAGCUGUUCGAGAUAGACUCCGUGGACACCGAGGGCAAGGGCGACAUCCAGCAGGCCCGGAAGCGGGCGGCGCAGGAGACGGAGCGGCUGCUCAAGGAGCUGGAGCAGAACGCCAGCCACCCGCGCCGCCUGGAGAUCCGGAACCUGUUCCACGAGGCGCAGGCCCUGGCGCAGGAGAAGAUCGUGCCCUUGUACGGCGGGGGCGGCUGCGCCGUGGACGGGCUGGAGGAGAGCAUCCAGGACAUCGUGCUGCGGCUGACGCACGUCAAGACCGGCGGCAAGGUCUCGCUGCGGAGAGCCCGCUACCGCGCGCUGAGCAGGGUGUGCGCCGUGCAGGAGAUCCUGGAGGGCUGCCUGCGGAAGCAGCCCUCGCUGCCGCUCUCCGAGGACGCGCACCCGUCCGUCGCCAGGAUCAACGCCGUGAUGUGCACGGUGAACAAGGCCCGCGGCACGGUGAUCGCGCUGCUGAUGGGCGUGUGCGCCGACGAGACCUGCCGGCACCUGUCCUGCGUGCUCUCGGGGCUGCUGGCCGACCUGGACGCACUGGACGUGGCCGGGCACACGGACAUCAGGAACUACCGCAGGGAGGUGGUGGAGGACAUCAACAAGCUGCUCAAGUACCUGGACCUGGAGGAGGAAGCAGACACGACCCACGCCUUCGACCUGGGGCAGAACCAGUCCAUCCUCAAGAUAGAGAAGGUGCUCAAGAGGAUGAGGGAGGUCAAGGACGAGCUUCUGCGCGCGCAGAGCCCCGCCGAGCUGUACCUGAGCUCCAAGACGGAGCUGCAGGGCCUCAUCGGACAGCUGGACGAGGUGAGCCUGGAGAAGAACCCCUGCAUCCGGGAGGCGCGGAGACGGGCGGUGAUCGAGGUGCAGACGCUGGUCACCUACGUGGACCUGAAGGAGGCGCUGGAGAAGAGGAAGCUGUUCGUGGGCGCGGAGCACCCGUCCCACCAGGCCGUCUGGAGCGUCCUCGGGAACCUGUCGGAGAUCCAGGGCGAGGUCCUGGCCUUCGACGGCAACCGGGCCGACAAGAACUACAUCCGGCUGGAGGAGCUGCUCACCAAGCAGCUGCUGGCCCUGGACGCGGUCGACCCGCAGGGCGAGGAGAAGUGCAAGGCCGCGCGGAAGCAGGCGGUGAAGCUGGCCCAGAACAUCCUCAGCUACCUGGACCUCAAGUCGGACGAGUGGGAGUACUGACCGUGAGGGGGAGUACUGAGCCCCCGAGUGGCAGUACUGAGCCCGCGAGGGGGAGUACUGAGCGGCAGGUGCGGAGCCCGCCGCGGCCUGGCUUGUUUUGCACUGCGUGUAGACCUCGACAUCUCCUAGCGCGCUCGGCUCCCCAGCCGGGCUGUGGUUUGUACUUGCGUAUUUCAGUCUCGGUGUUUGUAACUUGAGCAAAUUAUAUUCCGUAUCUCUGCAGCUCUUGGUGGUGCCAGGCAGCUGUCACCGCGGGACGCCCCCUCCCUCGGGGCGUGGUCCGUGUGGCCGGUGUUUCCUGUGCUUGUCAUCAGAAAGUGAAGUAGAGGUAGCGUUUGUAAUUUUAAGUGGGGUGUGCACGUGUUCAUGUGCGAACUUAAGCCUAGACUAGGCGUAGCUUCACGGAAUACUGGAAGAAUUAGGAGAAGGGGGAAAUUUCUGGCUCCGUAGUGCAGUCGGGGCGCAGACCCCGUGUUUGCACUGAGGCCCCGCCCAGCCCAGGGGGUGGGUGUGUCCUCCGAGGCUCAGUUCUUCGUCAGCAUCUUCCGUGUGGAAACAGUUCUGUUCUCCGCAUCUAAGAAGGGAAAACCCUCUGUGUGCAGCGUAAUGAAAUGAUGAAAAUAACAGACCGCCUCGGAGGGGGCGAGGCACCGCUGUCGGACGCCCUCAGCUGGUUUCUGUGGUCCAUCUGAACCCGAGGUCCCCCGGGGACCAGGAGGAUGAGAACCCCGGGGCCCGGUCACAGGAGGCGGCAUCUGCUGCCCGGGGCCGCUCCGUGCCCACCACCGGCAGGGAAAGGCUGCACCCGGCACGCGGCAGGACGGCCCUGUCCGCACUUCCCGAGGACCGCGUGUGCCCAGUGCCGAGGUGCCGUGGCAGUGUUGCUGCAGUCCCCUUUCCCAGAGCGGCCCUGACGGAGGGCACGGUGCCCCGAGUCGGGAGCCGGGCAGGAAGUGAGAGGUAGAGGAAUAGGCUUACGUGCCCACGAGGAGCUGAGGCGUGGCCCCCGACGGUACGGCCCCUCCUGCUGAAUGCAGACCCUGCGUGGUGGGCCGGGGCCCCGGCACCUGCAGGUGCUCAGCGCGGUCCCUGGAGUCCUCGUUUUGACCAGAGCUGUCGGAACGUUAGCUGUCAACAUCUCCCCCCAGCACCCGACGCUCUGACAGCUGACGUCAGGUUUCUGCAGCGGUGCAGCCAGGGGCACUGGCGCGGUCCGCGUCGGCCUUGAGUGGCCGUCCAGCGUUCACUGCGUCCCCUCUGAACCUGUCCGUGCCCUGGCUGCUGCCCAGAGCCAGCCCUCGUGCGUGGGCCUGUGGCGCCCCGAGCCCGCUGGGAGCCCCGUGUGCCUGGGCCGAGCCGGGCUCCUCACGUGUUGUGGUGUUCCGAUCUCUGCGGAGACUCUGUACCGCAGCUGCUCCCCGACUGUGUGCCUCGCUCUGCAUUAAACACGGGAUCCCUGUGCACACAAAACCGGCCUUGCGCUUUCUUUCCUUGACUUCGCUCCGCCAGGCCGGCUGCCGACGCCUGUGUGCCUGGGGUGUGUUAGGAUCGGCGGCUUUCUGCGCUUGUUUUACGUCGCCCCCCGGUUUUUAUCUGUUUCGGGGGAUCUGUGUUCGUUUUGUCUGCAAAGCUUGUAUCAGGUCUGGUGUUUUCCCCUGGGGAAGGAGUGGCUGAUCCGCGGUGCACUGGGUCCCCGCCCCCGUUAACCGUGGGAAUGUUGGUGCCGAUUAGCACCCUUGGUGAUCCACGCAAUAAAUCUGGGCUUCAUGUUUGUAGUGGAGAGAGGCU